UACAAAAUGGAGCAUAAAGUUUUUGCGACAUACUAUAAAAACAGGCUUAAGUAGCUUAAAUCCCCACUCUAAUACUUCAAAACCCAAAAAAAUCAUCUAAUACGCACCUGCUUCAUAUUGUUUUCUUCAUCACGAUGUCUUCGUCGUUCAUUCCUUCGUCUUCUCCACUGGCCAACUCUAAACGUCAAUCAGUGCCUGCUUACGUUCCAUGCGUUCAAUCGGGCAAGCGACCGUUUCGUUCUCGCGGCGGAGGCGUUCAAGAGCUGGAAGAACAAUUCACCACUAUGAGAAUUACCGAGAAUGGCCUCACGCACAUGUAUGUCAAGGUACCGUUUCCGGAAUCUGCAAUCAACGAUGACGGAAAGUGCCAAAACUUGAUUGGUCGCAUACUUGGCCCGCGUGGCAUCUCUGUUCGACAGCUGGAAAUGCUCUACGGAUGCAAAAUAUUGAUAAGAGGCAAAGGUUCGGUCAAGGACGCAGCAAAGGAGAAACGCUUGCGCGGGAAGCCUGAAGGGCGCCAUCUUGAGGAGAAGCUGCAUGUGCUCGUUGAGGUUCAAGACCUGACUCAUGAGAUGUGUGCUCGAAAGUUGGCGAAUGCUAAGCAGUGUAUUGAGAAGUUGAUGGUUCCUGUUGUGUUUGACGAGUACAAGCGUCAACAGCUCAUCCAACUGGCAAUAAUCAAUGGUAGAAAACCCGAACCUUUUCAAAUAUAA